GAAAAUAGAGACUCACACAGUCUCCCACCAUUUCCACAGCACCACUCCCCUGAAAUCGCACAGAUCUUCUCUCUCUCUCUCUCUCCUUCCUCUGCGAAGAUGAGCAAGGGACCGGGACUCUUCUCGGAAAUCGGCAAGAAAGCCAAGGAUCUUCUCACGAGGGAUUACACCUCCGAUCAGAAAUUCUCUGUCUCCACCUACAGCGAUGCCGGCGUGGCCCUCACAUCAACAGCAGUGAAGAAGGGAGGACUCUCAAUUGGGGACGUCGCAGCAAUAUACAAGUUCAAGAACACUGUUUUUGAUGUGAAAGUUGACACGGACUCAAAUAUCUCAACAACUGUCACGGUCACCGAGAUCUUGCCAUCCACAAAGACUAUUGCUUCUGCCAAACUACCUGACUAUAAUUCUGGCAAGUUGGAGGUUCAGUACUUUCAUGAUCAUGCGGCCUUUUCAACAGCCGUCACUGUGAACCAAUCUCCAUUGCUUGAUGUCUCAGCCACCAUUGGUACGCCAGCCAUUGCCUUUGGUGCAGAAGCGGGUUAUGACACCACUUCCAGCAAUUUUACCAAGUACAAUGCCGGUAUUAGUGUAACGAAGCCGGAUUCAUCUGCAUCAAUAAUUCUGGGUGACAAGGGAGACAGUAUCAGAGCAUCUUAUGUGCAGUAUCUGGAUCAAUUAAAGAAAAUUGCGGCAGUUGGAGAGAUCACUAGAAGAUUUUCCACAAAUGAGAACACUUUCACUGUGGGUGGCUCAUAUGCCGUUGACCGUCUAACGCUCAUCAAAGCAAAGCUGAACAACCACGCGAAGCUGGGGGCUGUCCUCCAGCAUGAGGUUGUACCAAAGUCACUGCUGACAAUCUCCGGUGAGAUUGACACCAAGGCCUUGGAAAAGAAUCCCAAGUUCGGGUUGGCUAUUGCGCUCAAGCCUUGAGUGUUGUGCUCACCGCAGUGAUGCAUUUUGGGCACUAAUACCUUGUUCAAUUUUUUACGGUGGCUCUUGAAGGGAUAACUCGAAUAAGUAGUUCCACAGACAAAAUUUGGUUCUAGACGACUGUGGAUGGUUUGAUUUGAUGAUUCAACUGUUUCUAUUGUUAUCUUUUCUUUCUGGAAUUGUAAGGUAGGUGGUGGAGGCAUUUUGACGCUAGCCCAUUAUAUUCUCCUUAUGUUGAGGACGCCUUAGUCGUUUUGAUUGAUGGAAUUUUUUUUUCCCAA